CUGCCUCCAUCUAGACGUGGAUAUCGGAAGAAGUAUAACGUAGCAGCUUGAUUGGUUUGUUGCCGUUAUUGAUUCGGUAUGCAUAAUCUGUUAUUCGAUUUUGAUAGACAUUUUGUACUACUUGUGCAGACGUUGUCGUGCGAUGUGAUACUUAGCUUGCUAUGAUAGCUUGCUAUGUAAAUUGUCUGUCAGGUUAGCAGUCUGUAGAAUGCUAGAUGCAGAUCACACAUAAGGAAGUACGCUAGCAUUCGACCUAGCUGUCAUAUCUGCAUGCAAAUCUUUUGACAUUUGUUAGGGUCAGGGGUGUUUUGGUUUUGUUAAAACCGCAGAAUAGAACAAGUUUUGAUUUCACUGCCAUUAUUUUCCUCCAACCAAAGUCAGCCUGGGUAAGCUGGUUUACGGAUCUGUUGACAAUAGCAAGUUAGCAAUCUGUAGCUAGCCAGCUUUUUAGUGUUUCUGGCUUUACCCUGGCAACUGUUGGUGGAAGACAAGCCGCUGUGAAGCGGACGAAACGUUGGUCAGCUUGGAACCAUCAGCGAGAAGCUUCAAUGCUUCGAGGCUUGCUUGACAGUGCAGCCAUGCUGUGCUAGCAAGCUGCACACCACAGUCUUUCAAUGUGAAAGGCAGUAUGUGGUCGAAUAUAAGAAGCUAGCCAAGUAUAUAAUCGUUGCCUGCAGUAAAGUAUUGUGCCGUGACACAUAUCUGGUCAGUUUAGCUGUAACUGAUAGCAAGCGAGCUAUGAAUGAUUGAAAAACAAUUGAUUGAAUGCAUAUUCCUGUUUACUGAUGUGACGUGGUGCAUUAAUCGGCCACCCAGAGGACUUGAGGAACGCUGGUCUGGCAGAUAACCUGCAGUUAAGUUUGUUUGCAAAGGUGUUUUACAACCAAGCGUGUCGUAUUUAUGCUGGGAUUUAAACCGGGAUGUUAAUUUGUAAUGGGAAUUUGAAGUAGCUAACAUUUUAGGCUGUGCUGUCCAAGGUAGGUCCGCUCAAGUACAAGCUAACGUCUGCUUUGUGUGGCUCACACAGGCCACGUCGCUGCUGCUGUGAAGCCUUUCAGGCAGAAGUGUUGGGUUUGUGUGGAUGAUAGCUAGCUUGGUAAGAAACAUACGAAUUAGGUAAUAGUACCUACUACAAGUUUAAGGAAACUGAUGUUUGUCGUCUUCCUCAAACGAGACUUAUUCCGUUGGCUAAAUGCUGGACGUGGACUAUGCCUUAUAAUUAAGAUUGGUAGUCUGAUAGCCUAGCUUGCUUGCUAGCUAACGUCAACCGGCCAGCCUGGCGGUCAAUACACGGUUCGUGUAUGCGAAGUAGCGUCGUAUUUCCUACUAAUAAAGGGAAGCUAUUUAUUUAUUGAAAACAAAGCAGACUAACGGUCUGAAGAUGGUAGGGUUCAGUGCAAAUCGCAGAGGAGGCCGUCUGCCGUCCUUCAUCUUUAUCGCCUUGAUGGUGGUUAUCGCCAUCCUAUCUUUCAACUACUGGAGCGUGUCCAACAAACACGGGCGUCUGCUGGACGAGCUGGCCGAGGUACAGACGCAGGUGAAGCGGACGGACGCGGCGCGCAGCCGCCUGGAGAAGCGGAACUCGGAGCUGAUGGUGCAGGUGGAUACGCACAGGAAGCAGAUCGAGCAGAAAGAUGGGGACUUCAACGUGAUGGAGGGCAAACUCCAGGCUCGGGAAGCCCUGAUCAAAAAGUGCACCGAUGAUAAGAUGAAGCUCCAGAAUGAUGUCACUACCCAAAGCGCGGAGAUCCAGCGGGUGAAAGAGCAGCUGAAGGAGCUCCGUCAGGAGUUCCUGAAGCAGGAGGAUCAGCUGCGAGAGGUGAAGAAGAACAGCACCACCCUGGAGAGGAAGCUGGAGUACGAGAGCCUGCAGUGUGGCCGGCAGAUUGCCCAGCUGAAGGAGGAGUAUGAAGAGGCCAAGCGAGCCCUGGAGGUGCAGGCAGCAGAGCUGAGAAAGUCGCUGGAGAGCCAGCGGGCGGCGGUGGUAGCAGGUGUGGGGGCAGCAGAGGGGGGUACGGAAGGACAGGCGGGAGGAGAGCGCCACACACAGGCCACCAAGCAGAAGGACGCCGCAGACCUCAAAGAUGAGAUGGGCAAGCUUGGCAGCGAUGCGGGCAUGCCUGGCAUCGAGGACAGCGAAGUGGGCAAAAUGGAAGAAGUGCAGUUUGGCCUGAAGAAGCCGGCCAUCACCCAGAAGCAGGCGGAGGACCGGGGGGGCAUGGGGGCCGGAGCGGGCCCUGGGCCGAUGCCCGGUGCUGGGGCUGGUGCUGGUGCGGGCGCCGGGGUGGUGGAGGGUGCCGGCGUGGGCAUCUCUCUGGACCGGCCCGAGCUGCCCCGGGACGGACCUGUGGGCAUGGAGGCACGCGGGGUCCUGAUGCAGCAGCAGCAGCUGGCGCCACAAGCCCAGGCGGAGCGGCCCAUUCUAGCCCAAGGGGACCGACCCAUUCUGGCGCAGGGGGACCGACCCAUUCUGGCGCAGGGGGACCGACCCAUUCUGGCGCAGGGGGACCGACCCAUACUGUUCGACGAGGACAACAAAGUCAGGGUGCAGGCCGACGAGCUGGGGGAGCAGAGGAGACAGCUCAGAGCUCCUGACGUAGCGCAUGGGAAGAUGCUGGAGGCGAAGGCCAACCCUGCCCAGGUGCUGCCCAACCCCAUGGAGCCGCGCCGCGCCAGGGACCCCGCGCCCGCCGAGCCCCCACGCCACCGCCAGAGCCGCUUCUUUGAUGAGAACGAGUCCCCCGUAGAUCCGCAGCACGGCUCUAAGCUGGCGGACUACAACGGGGACGACGGCAACGUGGGCGAGUACGAGGCCGACAAGCAGGCCGAGCUCGCCUACAAUGAGGAGGAGGAUGGUGAUGGUGGGGAGGAAGACGUCCAAGAUGAUGAGGAUCGAGACUUGCCUGGUGACCGAGGGGUGGACUACGGCAAGCGCCAUCAGGCCAACGAGAUCCUGUAAGCGGCUCUUGGGAUGUCUGCUACGAGCUCACACUGCUCGAGAAACGGAAGAGAACGAAACCCCCGACAACAUGGCCUCGAGAUUCACAAGCGGCUUUUUUUGAUCUAAUGAAUUCGAGGUGCCAUCUUUAGACAUUUGAUGCAUACAGUAUACCAGGGUCAUGGACAAGUUGACGUUUUUUCUGAGGAGGUGGAAAAUGAAUGGGGGGAGGGGGGGGGGGGGGGAGUUAGAGUUUACUAUUGAACUAUGGAAGGAGAAAUGGCCUGCUGUUGGCUCUGAUCAUGGCAUCAGAAAUGUGAGUAACUUAUUGCCCUUUUUACUUUUUGUCCAUCUCCCUAAAUAGGUAUGAUCCCAAAGUGGUAAUGAUGACGUACUGUGCAAAUGUGUGUGUAUAUAUGCGAAUAAUAUGUACAUGGGGAAAUGUUCUUUUUAUGUUUACAAACAAGAUUUAGUUUGUUUUUGUUUUAUUAUUAUUUUUUGUUUCUCUUGAUGGGUGUGAAGGGGCGUUUUCUAUGAAGAAUUUCAGUUAAAUAAUGUCAGAGGAACUGAUGGAGGGAGCGCUUACAUGGACCUGAGCUUUGGAAUACUGACCUGGAACAACCCAUUUUGUCAACAUCUCCACGGUUACCGUGCUCACAAUGAGGAUUCAGCGAUUCCAUUUUUCUAUGUUACUGUUCCUUAGAAUCUUGGAAUAGAAGUGUUUUUCACAUUCUGGAACUGCACUCCAAGGACUUCUACCUGAUUCUUUGUGCCUGCUGGGACCUCAUUGUUGAUUGCCAUGAAGGAGGAUUAAGUAGGAACUGUACAGACGAGGAGAAGAACCCAACGAUGGUCCUGGACGACCAUAGCUUCUUCCUCCUCCUCCUCCACAUGGUCUGUGUCCUGAGGUGUACGCCUCGCUCCAGACCGUUGUUGCAUGCAAGUAUAUGGUAGGCUUGGGCAUCAAGCCACUAGAAUAUGUCAAACUAGCAAUACAUACACACCUAAGUACAGUUUUGAAGGGCAGACUUUAUUUUCGCGGUAACAGCAGCUGAAGUCUGCACAGAUGAGCAUGGCCGUAUAUAUUUGACAAAAACGCACCUUUUAGGUAUUCAGAGUUUUCUUCCUCGUCAUGUAGAUUAUGGGAGAUGCGUAUGAAUGAACUGUGGGGUAGGGUGGGCUGGGCUGGGCUGGGGACAGAGAACAGGUGAUCAAGGUCCAGAUGAAGGAGAGGAGGGUUGGCAACCUGAAUGUACUCAGCUGUUGUAAAAGUUGAUUCAUUUCUAGACAUGAAGCCCUGAACUACAUGGGGGGAGGGGGUUUGUAGGCAAUUAAACAGCUGUGCAAUGUAGUUUCUAAUGGUCAGCUUAGUAGAGUAAGACUAUGUGCUCCACCUUUUCCACAGACUCUUAUUAGGUUACGACGGCCAGCGAUAUCACUGUGAAAGGACCGUAAAAAAGGCUCAUUGACAUACAUUUGACAAAUCUGCUCGGUGGCAAACAUGGUCUACUUCCCCAAAACAUAUUAAAUGAUCAUCAUCAUCAUCGUCAUCAUUAAAACAAUAAUAAAUA